AUGUCGAGAAAGAAAAUACUUUUUCGGUUUGAUGAAGCUCGGAGUGUUUUAGAGGAUCGACACCUAGUUCUCAACGACUAUAACCCGGGAGAAACUUUGAUCAAAAGCAAAGUCGAAGCACUAAGAAACCUUGUACCUCUGAUACAAGAAAAGGAUGGUAAAUUAAAUGUGCAAUACAAUUUUACAGAGCUUGCAGAAAAGUUGGGUUUAAGUAAGGGUGAGAUAUACAGACAAAUAAUUAUAUUUUACCACCAACAGGAAGCAUUAAGAGAAUCAAAGUCUACACCUUUCACGAAAACACAAACAAAUCAUAUAACAGAGGCAUCUGAGGCUCCAAGUAAAAUAGAACCCUUAAAUGUAUCGAGAUUAGAUGAUAACACUUCUGAUGUGAAAUCUGCAACGAAAGAAUUGGAGUAUUUAAAACUCGAAGAUGGUGACCUUAGUACGGCCAAGGAAAAAAGCAGUAAAUCACACACCAGUGGUGGUAAUGAAAGUGAUCAUCAGCUACUAACUUCAGAUGAUAGUUCGUUAGAAAGUAAUUCUGAAGCUGAUAAUUUAUUCAAUAUUGCUUCGGCUUCAACACUUCUCCAUAGGUCACUUAUCCUUGGUCAUAAGAAACAGAAAAGGCAUGUUUCUACUUCUGCAGAUGAUAAGGAAGAGACUUCGGUUGCCCCAAAUAACGAAGAUGACGAUUUACUUUCUUCAGGAAGUCUUCGAGAUUCGGUGUUAGCUGAUGAGCUUUUAAAACAUAUAUAA